GGCCAAUAGAAGUGCACCCUUCCCUCUCAUUUCUCUCUCACAAACACACGCUUUUUCUUUCCCUCUCACAAGACCAACACAACCCAACCCAACUUAAAGCUUCCGUUUAUUUCCAUCUCAAACGUAUCUUUCCAUUUUUUGACAUGUUCCCACUUUCUCUGGUCCUCAAACUCCUUUAGACCUUCAAAUAAUAAGCCACAAAGAGAGAGAAAAAAAAGGUAACAAUAGUAGCAGUAGAAGAAGAAGAAGAAGAAAGAAAGAAAGAAAGAAGAUUUUCAUGACCCACUUUGCUAAAUUCAAGGCUAAAUAGUUGCAUGUCAAAACAUUGAAAAAAGAAGAAGAUGAUGAUGCUGACUACAACUGGCACCUUGCUCUUAGGAACUUUGUGCACAUAGCACGGCCCUUAUUCCGUGUCCUCAUUUCAUCACACAAUUUUCACCACCAUGCCCUCGUGUCAUCAUACCAACAACAACAACAACCUCAACGAAGGUCUCAAACAGAACCACAACAAGACCAGGAAACGAGGUUCUUCUUCUUCUUCUUCAUCCUCUUUGGUCAGAAGAUACCGUUUCAAGAGAGCUAUUUUGGUAGGGAAGAAAGGAGGGUCAAGCACCCCAGUACCCAUGUGGAAGACUAGGGCAACAACUUCACCUUCUAUGGCUACUCAACAUGCCAAACCUUUGCAUUCUUCUGCUUCUGUGUUACCCUCCAAAGACAAGGAACUUUCUGUGUCAGCCAGAAAACUAGCAGCUACACUGUGGGAAAUCAAUGAUUUGCCUCCUUUCAAGAAGGACUUUGAGGUUGACCAAAUGAGAAGCUUGAAGGAAAAGAUCAGAAGCAAAGAGAAAGGUGCGAGCCUGUCCAGAUCGGGCUUGUUGCGGCCACAGAUGUCAGAUCCAUCGCAUAGUCCUAUCUCAGAGAGAAUGAAAGGGUUUGAAGGUGAUAGCUGCAAAAGAAGGGCGUCAGGGUUUUCUCAUCAACUUCACUCGGGUGAUUACUAUUUGGAGGCUCUGGAUGCCCAUAGCAGUGCCAAUUUAAUUGAGGAAGUAGAAAAUCAGCUAAGAAAUGAGAAGAACCGUGGCAAAUGCGCGGUUGGUGUUAAGAACCGUCUGAAGGAAGCUAGAAGUGGCCUUUCUACAUCAAAGAAGCUUCUAAAGGUGUUAAAUCAAAUGUGCCUUAGAGAGCAGCAGUCAUCAAGCAUGCCUCUUGUCUUGGCUCUAGGUAGUGAGCUUGAUCGAGUCUGCCAUCAAAUUGAUCAACUGAUUCACGAACAGCGUUCGAACCAGAACGAUAUAGAGUAUGUGAUGAAGCGUUUUGCAGAAGAAAAAGCUGUUUGGAAAAGAAGAGAAAGAGAAAAGAUUCAUGAUGCCAUAAAACAUGUGGCAGAAGAGCUUGAGGUGGAGAAGAAAUUAAGAAGGCAAACGGAACGGCUGAAUAAGAAGAUUGCCAAAGAAAUGGCUAGUAUAAAAGCUUCCCAUUUGAAAGCAUCCAAGGAGCUUGAAAGGGAGAAACGUGCAAAAGAGAUUUUGGAGCAAAUUUGUGAUGAACUAGCCAGAGGCAUUGGUGAAGACAGAGCACAGGUGGAGGAACUGAAAAGGGAAUCAGCUAAAGUCCGCGAGGAGGUGGAAAAGGAAAGGGAAAUGCUUCAGUUAGCCGAUGUUUUGCGCGAGGAGAGAGUUCAGAUGAAGCUUUCAGAGGCUAAAUAUCAAUUUGAGGAGAAAAAUGCUUUCCUUGAAAAGUUGAGAAAUGAGCUUGAGGACUUUAUGAGAACUAGAGAUGAACAAAAGGAAGAUGUAUCACCAGAAUGUAAAAAAAUCAAGGAUCUUGAGUCUUAUUUCAACAAUGUCUGCAGGGGAUUCCAAAUUGAAGAGAAAGAGGAUGAUUUGGAUGUUGGAGAUGAUGUAGCGCAUGAAGGAGAUGACUCAGAUGACAGUGAUCUUCAUUCCAUUGAAUUAAACAUGGAUAGUGAAAGUAAAGGGUACAAGUGGAGUUAUGCUUGUGAAAAUGUUGCUCAAGAAGAGUUAAAGAAAUUUUCAAUUGACAAAGAAAGUAUAGGGAGGAAAUCUUUCUCAGAGAAAAUUCAGUGGGGAAGUAUUUGCUUCAACAAGGGAACUUCCAGUGGUAGGAAAAGGGAUUUUACUAUAAAUAUUCAGCAAGUUUCUGAUCAUUUUGAUCCUAACAUGUCAAUUGAAUUUCUCUCACGAGCUCACGUACAAGAUGAUAAGGAUGAAACUCAGAGCAAUAGGUCCAGUACUGAUCUACAAGACUCUAUGUCAUGUGCGACUUCUGCUCAGAGAAAUGGUCUCCUAUUAACUUUGCAGUGUGCAAGUGGAGAAGCUGGGGAAAUUGCUCUUGCCUUGGAGGGUGACAAUUUGAAGCAAGAGGUUGCAGCAAGAAAAUCUGGAUGUUAAAAGCAGAGUUUUUUUUUUGACAGUUGUAGUUAGUAACUCAUGAUCUUAGAUAGCUUCUACUAUUUAUGUUCUUAAGUGUAAAUGCAUGCUGUCUUUGAUGAAUUGAAUAUGGUCAAGGCUUAUCAUUGCUCUGUGUGGUAACUGUUAAAGCUAUAGAAAGAAACAUGUAUAUAUUGAAUAGAUUCUCAUACUACAGUUUUGUGUUAGCUACUUCUGGCUUUAUUGAUAUUUGAUGCUCGAGUAGAGAACUGUUUGAUUC